GGUGUUGUGUGGGCUGUGGAAUCAGUUGCUUUUCGUAUCUGCAACGAGUUGGAUAAAAAAAAGGAAAAACAAUUCGAUUGGCGGUGCGGCCUGCCGCGUGUAUCUAAAGUAUCUGUAUCUGUAACUGUAUCUUGGACUGUGCAUCUUGUUAGUUAGUUAGUCAGUUGGUUGAGUUAGUUUCGUACUGAAAAAACACAAGCACGCUGUAAUAAAACUAAAGCCAACUGAUAGCCAACCCAAGAUAUAAAAAUUAAAUAUUAAAUAUUCCAAGCGCGUGUGUGCACAACAAAUUAUAAAUAAAAAAUAUAUACCAAUAAAAGAUCAGCAACAAUAAAUGACUGCAAAAAUGCGCCUAGAAAAUUCAUAAAAAAAAUAAACAGCCUAAAAAAUACGCGCCGCGUUUUUAUCAUAGCCAAAAAAAUAUUUGUUUAUUUAUGUUUUGGGUGCUCGGCAAACGCGUUUCUUUGCUGUCGUCUGUGUAUCUCUAAAAUCGAGUGCUGUGUGUGUGAGUGUGUGUGUGUGUGCCACAAAACAGCUGUUGGUGCAACAACAACGAUAACAACAGCAGCGAGAACAUUUCUGUGUGUUUUUAACUAAUCUUUGAGAGCAUAUGAAAACAACAACAAAAGUUUAAAAUUGCAUAUAAAUUGUUCUUUAAUUAAAAUUCAUGUUUACGAGCCGUUGUUUUUAUUGAGUGUGGCACAACUGGUGGAAAUUGCAAACUCUGUGUAUUUAAGCAAGUUUGGCAAAUGUUGCAACGUUUAUAGAGACAAGAACUCGAAGAGCUUAGAAGGAAAGAGCGAAAUAACUGCGUAGUAGUAGAAGAAGACUAAAAGAGUGAAGAGUUAAGAGAUAUAAGAGAUGUACUGCCAGGAGAUGCUGCUGUUGGCAUGUCUGCUGCUCCUGCUGGGUGGCCAACCGCAUUUGAUCUCAACAACGACGACCACAACUCUGGUGGCAGCGAUGACCAUUGCCAAUCAGGAUUUGGAGCGUUAUUUUCGACCAGCGAAUGCAACGCAUUCAUUCGCCAGCAUCGGCGAGGAGCGAAUCGCGAUGGAUGUGUAUAAUUUUGCCUUCCUCAGUUGGUCGUAUAUCGACAGUGUCGAUAAUAUGCCUGUUGAGAUUGAGUUUCCCGAGGAGAAGGCACGUUACGGCGAGGGUAAAGUGCUCAAUGUGACAGGACGAUUGAUUCACAUCAGCACAACUGAUGAUAUUAGCGAUGAUUUCGCCUGUACGCCGUACAUACGAGGCACACUCGGCACCCCGCUGCCGGAGAAGGGCACGCCAUGGAUAGCGCUGGUGCGGCGGGGACGUUGCACAUUCGAAGAUAAGGUGAAGCAUGUGCAUCAAUAUAAUGCGGCAGGCGUAAUCAUCUACAAUGAUAAGCAGGUCAUGCAGCUGGAGAAGAUGCAGAUUAAAGGCAAGAAUCGUAAUAUUGCCGCCGUGAUUACUUAUCAGGUGAUCGGACUCGAUUUGGCCACCAAUCUCGAUAAGGGACAUAAUGUCACCAUAUCCAUUAUCGAAGGACGUCGGGGUGUUCGUCCCAUCAGCAGUUUAAAUCGAACCUCCGUUCUAUUUGUUUCCAUAUCAUUCAUAGUGCUAAUGAUUAUCUCGCUCGUGUGGCUCAUCUUUUACUAUGUGCAGCGAUUCCGUUAUAUGCAGGCAAAGGAUCAGCAAUCCCGUAAUCUUUGCUCCGUAACAAAGAAGGCAAUUAUGAAAAUACCAACGAAAACGGGUAAAAUGACCGAUGAGAAGGAUUUGGACAGCGAUUGCUGUGCCAUCUGCAUUGAGUCAUACAAACCGGCGGACAUCAUACGCAUACUGCCUUGCAAGCACGAAUUCCACAAGAAUUGCAUCGAUCCUUGGCUGAUUGAGCAUCGAACUUGUCCCAUGUGCAAGCUGGAUGUGCUCAAAUUCUAUGGAUAUGUGUUCCUUGGCAGCGAGGAGAGCAUUUUGGAGUACGAACCAGAUCGGCCGCCUGCAAGUAAUUCCAGCAAUCCUCCCCAGACUGCAAUCAACAUUGUACAGGAACCUCCACAGCCUCAAGUCCAAGCGAGUGCUCUCGCUAAUCUCAUACGGAGUCGGGACUUUGUGAUAGAUUUUCCCCGUGUCUUCGUCCUCAAUAGCGGCAGUGUGGUGGGUGCCCGAGAGACCCUCUUCCCCGCCCGGCUGCCGGAGCGUUCUCAGAGCUCGUUGUCACUCCGACAGGCGCGUGAUUGGAUGGCCCAUAUGAGCAACAAGCUCGAGGAGCAGCAGGGAUUGCGCCGCCUGCGCAAGGACGAAAUGCAGCAGCAACUGCUGAGUGCUCGGGAUUCAAUGCGACAACGGCGUUCUCGCUCGGCGGAUGGACGCUAUGCUACCGGCUGCUUUGGUGGUCGCCAGCGGCAAUCGUUGGUGGGUGCAACAAUGCAAUCCGCGCUGCCGCAGCAUGAGCUGGCCCAGCUGCGACGCACCAGUUCCACUCAUACACUGCAGCAGCUGACGGAUGCCUCCUAUGCCCAGUCUCGACAACGGCAAAGGGAAUCCUUUGACUUUGCGCGCACUCGUCGCCGCUUUAUGCGGCGCGAGAGCGAUGAGAUAUCCUUGCAAUCCUUGCCACGACGCGGAGCAGCAGCAGCCGCCCCUAUGCCACCAGCUGUAGCUGAUGGGGGCAACGAGUACAUCACCAUCCAGGUGAAUGGCGAAGGCGUCGAUCUCAAUGACUGAACUCCUCCCCAUUUGAGUGGGGCACGCUUAUGUAGAUUUGAAUAAAGUAUAUGUAUUUACUAUAUUAAAUUUAAUCUUCUUAUCCAUGUAAUGUUAAUCACAAGUCCCGAAAUAAAUAAUUACUAAUUUUAAAAUAAUCAAA